AUGGACAGCUCCAGGAUCAGCACCAUGGUCAGCUUCAGUAUCAGCAACAUGGUGAGGCUCCAGGAUCGGCACCAUGGACAGCUCCAGGAUCAGCACCAUGGUCAGCUUCAGUAUCAGCAGCAUGUGAUACUACAGCAUUCAAUGCCUCAGUCCAAAUCUUCUAGUAGACCCAGAUCUCCAAGCAGAUCCAGAUCUCCAAUGAGAACAGUCAAGCGUCAAAAGAUGACAGCAAAGUCUCAACUGAGAUCAAGGUCUCCAAUGAGAACCAGAUCUCCAAUGAGAUCCAAAUCUCCAAUGAGAGCUCGAAAGAGACCCAGAUCUCCAAGCAGAUCCGAAUCUCCAUCGAUAUCCCAAUCUCUAAAGAGGAUGGUCCAGACUCCAAUGAUAAGGGGAAGGUCUCCAAUGAGAUCCAUAUAUCCAAGGAGAUCCAAAUCUCCAAUGAGAUCUCGAAAGAGACCCAGAUCUCCAAGCAGAUCCCAAUCUCCAAAGAGGAGAGUCAAGCGUCUAAAGAUGACAGCAAAGUCUCCAAUGAGAUCCAGAUCGCCAAGGAGAUCCAGAUCUCCAAUGAUAUCCCAAACUCCAAAGAGGAGAGUCCAGACACCAAAGAUGAGAGCAAAAUCUCCAAAGAGGAGAGUCCAGACUCCAAAGAGGACGGCAAAGUUUCCAAUGAGAUCUCCAAGGAGAUCCAAAUCCCCGAUGAUAUCCCAAUCUCCAAAGAGGAGAGUCCAGACUCCAAAGAUAAGGGGAAGGUCUCCAAUGAGAUCCAUAUAUCCAAGGAGAUCAAAAUCUCCAAUGAGAUCUCGAAAGAGACCCAGAUCUCCAAGCAGAUCCAAAUCUCCAUCGAUAUCCCAAUCUCCGAAGAGGAGAGUCAAGCGUCAAAAAAUGACAGCAAAGUCUCCAAUGAGAUCCAGAUCUUCAAGCAGAUCCAAAUCUCCAAUGAUAUCCAGAUCUCCAAAGAGGAGAGUCCAGACUCCAAAGAGGACGGCAAAGUUUCCAGUUAGAUCCAUAUCUCCACGGAGAUCCAAAUCUCCAAUGAGAACCAGAUCUCAAAUGAGAUCUCCAAGGAGAUCCAAAUCCCCGAUGAUAUCCCAAUCUCCAAAGAGGAGAGUCCAGACUCCAAAG